UCAAAACUUUAAAUAUUUAGAAAACAAUACACGAACAACAAUCUCGCAGUUUCAACCACAAUGAACGUAUUAACAAUGCUUACAUCACUUCUACCGUAUAUUAUAAUAGUAUUACCGUUAAAUAAUGCUAAAAUAGAUAGACUAAGUUCCUUAGAAGUAAAGGAAGCUAAGUAUUCUGAUCUGGGAGAUCACACUAUGGUGACAGAUAGUGAAAUAUUUCCAUACGUAGCAGCUAUUUUAAGAAGAUCCACUUAUAUUAGUGCUGGAGCUUUGAUCGACGAAAAUUGGGUGUUGACAGCUGCUGAUAGCCUCUUUCUGACAAGAGAAUCACUCAAAUCCUUAAGAGUGAGACUCGGCAGUAUUAACUACAAGAAGGGUGGUAUCCUUCUGCCGAUCAAGUUAUUCAAUAUCCAUCCUUAUUUCGACGACCAAAGGCCGGUAUUUGACAUCGCACUGCUGAUGCUACCAAAAUCAGUGAGAUUUACUCCAACCCUCAGGGCUAUAAGGUUGCAGAAGACAUCCAGGGUUGUUGCUGCAACCCAUUAUCUAGUUACUUCUUGGUUCUCUGCGUUGAAUCAGAAUCAAUCCAAACCCAACCACCUAGAAUCAAUGGACUCCAUUAUCCGGCGGCGUAUACUCUCGGUAUCACACCUGCACCCAUCAGAUCCUGAUGAGUGCGCUGAUGAGCUUACAAGUCUAGAAGUCAAUAGAACUGAUGUGGUGAUGUGCUUGGAUCCUGGAAUCAAGACGGAUUCUUGUGGGAGGGACACUGGAGCACCAGUGGUGUUAAACGGAGUUUUAAUGGGCAUUGUGUCGUCUUGGAAACCAGCAGACUGCUCCGAGCAAGCGCCUGCUCCUAGUUUCGUCACAUUGAUCUCUGCAGGGGAUGUCAUCUCUUGGAUCCAUGCUACUGUUCACGGUCAUAGGUGGAGUAAUAAGAAAAAUACACAUUUUAAUUUGUAAUUUAUUUUAGAUUGUUUGGAGUCAUAUAUAUUUUUUUUAUCUUUU